AUGUGUGGCGACUCCCAUCUUCCUCCGGCCCCCGAAUCCGGCGACCUGAUCGCCAUCAUCCACUCAAACCCGCAGUCUUCGUUUCAAGGACGCCUGAAACUGUCAAAUCGGGCGCCAGGAGCGACCACAACCACCCUCCAAUGUGCAGGUCACUGGUCAGACCUUGGUGGACCGGGCGAGAUCUUGUACGUGAGAAUACACAAAUACGGGCAACCCAUAACGACAUCGUCACAAUUCGGUGCCGACUCAGAUUCGGAAGACGAAUAUGACCCGUCCAACCCCGUAUUGUAUUCGUUCUUUGUCGACACCGUCAGCGGUUCAAGAACGGGUGACGUGAGGCUCAAUCUCGGUGUCGGCGGAGAUGGUGUCGUGGGACGAACAGUAUCGAUAGUGGAUGGUCGGAGGAGAAAGCUUCUGGGAGAGGGAGUUAUUGGUUGGAGUUGA